AUGGCACAAUCUCAGCGACAAUACGAAGUCAUCGUCUACGGUGCCACGGGCUACACAGGAAAAUACACUGCUGAACACAUUGCUCGACAACUCCCAACAAACCUAAAAUGGGCGAUAGCAGGGCGAAACCAGAGCAAACUCCAGUCGUUGGCAGAGGAACUUCGCAGAGAACAUCCUGAUCGACAGCAACCUGGCAUCGAGACCGCGCAGCUCAAUAAGAGCGACUUGUCCGCCCUGGCACAGAAGACCCAAGUCCUGAUUUCCACUGUUGGUCCGUUCCACAAGUAUGGCGAAGCAGCCUUUGCAGCAUGCGCAGAGACAGGCACGCACUACCUCGACUGCACUGGCGAAGUGCCAUGGGUGUAUGACAUGACCGAGAAGUAUCACGAUCUGGCGAAGAAGAACGGUGCCAUCAUGAUUCCGCAAAACGGUGUAGAGAGUGCUCCCACAGAUCUGAUCGCUUGGGCUCUAGUCACCCACAUUCGUCAAACACUCAAUGUUGGCACCCGCGAGCUUGUAGACACCAUCUACGACUUGAACGGAACACCGAGCGGCGGCACACUGGACACAGUCCUUACACUUUUCGAUUCCUAUGGGCUUGGGCAGAUUGCGAAGACCAUGUCUCCGUAUUCAUUAUCGGUCGCUCCGGCGCCAAGUCAUCCUGGACGUCCAUUGCUCGAGAAGCUCACUGGUCUUCGGACUGUGCCAGACUUGGGUCUCCUCACGGACAGCAUCCAAGGUCCUAGCGACACUCCAAUCGUGAACCGAACCUGGAGCUUGAUCGACAAUGGCAAUUACUAUGGCCGCAAAUUCAAAUUCAGCGCUUACAUGAAAGCCCGCAACAGCGUCCAAGGAUUUCUCGUACAUCUUGCUCUCACAUUCGGCAUGGUAGCAUUAAUCCUGCCUCCCGUACGUUGGCUACUGAAGAAGUUCGUCUAUCAACCUGGAGAAGGCCCAACAAAAGAGCAAGCUAGCAAGGAGCAUUGCGAAUGGCGUGCAAUUGCCAACGCAGACGUGUCAGACGAGAAUGAUCCCAAGCGAGCAUACGGUCGCAUGCGUUGGAACGGCAGCAUGUACGACUUGACAGGCGUUUUCCUCGCCGAAGCUGCCGUCACCAUUGCCCGCGACAAGACCUUCGCACACGAGCUAGGUGGUGGCGUCUUAACCCCCGCAACACUGGGUUCGGCAUAUCUCGAGCGUCUGUCCAAGGCAGGUCUCGUGACUGAGAUCAAGACAUUGCCAUAG